UCUGGACGAGAAGGAGUCCUUCCAGAAGGGCGACAAGCUGGUCGCAAUCAUCAGCGACGCGGCGUCCACCGGAAUCAGCCUGCAGGCUGACCGCUCCAAGCCCAACCAGCGGCAGCGGGUGCACAUCACGUUGGAGCUGGCGUGGAGCGCGGAUAAGACGGUCCAGCAGCUGGGUCGCACGCACCGCUCCAACCAGGCCCAGCCGCCGCUCUACCUGCUGGUCUCCUCGGACGUGUCGGGCGAGCACCGUUUCGCCAGCGCGGUGGCGUCGCGGCUGAUGCAGCUGGGGGCGCUGACGCACGGGGACCGGAAUGCGGUGUCGGCGGUGGAUGUGCUGGCGGGGAGCAACUUCCAUAACACGUACGGCCCCCGGGCGCUGGGCAAGCUGUACCGCAUCUUCCGGGGCGCGCUGUCCUUGUUCGACCCCAUCUCCCCCGUGUACGGCAUCACCCCCGAGUGGCUCCGGAACCAGCUGACGGAGGCGGGACUUGAGCAGGGCUCCAGCGCCUGGCUGGCGGAGCGAGCCAAGCAGCUGGAGCGCUUCCUGGAGAGCGCUGUUGGGGAGCUGGAGGCGGUGGGGCUGCUGCGGGAGGAUGCGGAGGGCGGCCUCAACGUCACCAGCGCCAUGAUCAAGGAAAAAACAACAGAGGCUGCCGCCCAGAACGGCGCCACCGGCGGAGUCAACCGCCUAUUGAACCGGCUGCUGGCCAUGCGGGUGGAUAUGCAGCAACGCAUCUUCCAGCUCUUCAACGCAUUGCUGGAUGCGGAGGUGUUGGAGGCCAAGCGCAAGGGGGAGUACGAAACGGGCAUUGUACGGCCCACAUGCGGAGACAUCAAACUCAAGUCGCAGGAGGUCAUCCUGUCCGCCCCCGACGGCCGCUGCUCCACCACCCACUACGAGUUCAAUCUGGACCGGGGUGUGCCCUGGGAGGAGGCGAUGCGGAUAUACAACCAGGAGAAAGCCGACGACCCCGAGACGCACACACACUUUGUGUUCACCGUGCACGACCACAACCAGAUGGUCUUUGUAUCGCUGGCCAUAGAGCGCAACGAGCGGGGUCGCAAGGUGCAGGGCCGCGGCCGCAACCGCACCUCCCAGCCGCUCUUCUUUCGGCUCGUGCGCCCGGGGACGGGAUACGCGGGCGGCGAUAUUGACCGAGAUGAAUGCCGGAAGAAGUACACGCCGGUUUCGGAGGAGCGGAUCCGCAACGGCUGGCUGCGGGCACGCUGGCAAGAGGAAUUCAGACGUGCCCAGAAUGUACGGCAGCUGCCGCUGCACCUGGUGUCGGGUUCGCUGCUGCCGCUGCUGCCCACCCUGGAUGCUGCCAUGCGGAAUUACAGCCGGAAGAACCCGCUCAAGGUGAUGCGGGUGGCUACUUCGGAUGGGGCCACUCAGGUGCUGGGAAUCCACGUGGAGAACCACCGAGCUGCUGACGUGGUGGCACGAAUACGGCAGCUGCAGCCGUACAAGGGAGCGGCGCGGGGUGCUAAAGCCGGCGAAGGCGAGGCAGGUGCCGCCGCCGCGACCGCAACUGCCACCGCCACAGCAGCAGCUGGAGCGAUGCCGCAGGCAGGCGUGCAGGGAGCCCCCGUGGCGGCUGGACCUGCUUCUGCAGCCGCUGCUGCUGCCAUGCCGUCUGGCAGCGGGCUUCAUGCUGGCAAAGGAACGGCCGACGGCGGCAACGGCAGCGACACGGACGGGGAUUUCAUUGACAGCAGCAGUGGUAGCGAAGAUGAGGAUGUAGCAGCGCGGAAACAAGCGCGGGCCGCUGCAGCUGCGGCUGCGCGGAGGAGGCGUGCGGGGGGAGGUGCGGCGGCGGCUCAGGUGCAGCGCGGCAGACGAGCCCCUCGAGCCGCCGGAGCUGGGGAGGGAGAAGGCGCAGCGAGGGAGGAGGAGGAGGAGCCGGAGUACGAGCGGGCCCGUCGGGUGGAGGCGCUGCAGGGCGCGGGGCUUUGGGAGGAGUCGGCCUUCCUGACGCUCAACAAGGAGGACGAGGGGGAUGAGUGGGCGGCCAUGGCGACGACGGGCACCCGGCGCCGCGGCAGACCACCCAAGGCUACCCCGGCUACAGGAGGAGCACAAGACAACAACAGCGGGGGCAGAGGUCACCGUCGCCGCCGCUCGACUCUGGACCCGGGCUCCACCGUCAAGGCUCUGCAAUCGGAAUUGCAGUCGCCAUUCGGGUUUGGCACCACCGGGAUGGCGGCGAAUGAGGACGAAGAGGGCGGACAAGGGCAGGCACGUUCACGCGGAAGGCGGGGGGGUGCCCGGCAGCAGCCGGCACAAGGGAGGAAGGGGCGCGGCAAGGGAAAGCAUGAUGACAGUGAGGAGGUGGAGGAGACGGAUGCUGACGAUGAGGAGGAAGAGGAGGAGGAUUCGGACGUCAUGGUACUCGAUGGUGAUGAUGAGGAGGAGGAGGAGGCUGCUUCUGAGGACCGCAAGGCUGCGUACAUGUGCCAGCAGCAGCAGAACGAGGAACAGGAGAGGGUGGAGCAGGCAAAGAUGGAAGCGGAUGAUGAGCCCCAUCCCGCCGCCCUGCUCUGCCCGGGCACCACCGGGCGGCGUUCCGCCAGGCGAGGCCGGCGCUCCUCUGUUUCCUUCACCGCUGCUGCUGAGGCUGCUGCUGGCGUUACCGCUGCAGCUGGUGCCAUACCGUCAGCUGCGUUUGCGGGUGCGGGCCUGCAGGCUGCAUGCACUCCUGGAGCGCACACAAGGACGCCACUCAACGCGGCAGGGCCGCCCAACAGCUGCCGCGGUGAUAACAACAGCAACCCCGGCAGCGGCGCAGGCGCAGCACGCAGGACCAGCCGCUCGGGCCGGCAGAUUCGGCCCUCUGCGCUGCUGGUCGCACCUGAUUUCAUUCGCCUUGACGCGAUCAAAGACGACGACGAUGAGGAGGGGGAUGAGGAGCAGAAGGUGCAGCAGCCCCAGCAGCAGCAGGGUUUGGACGGACGCCAAGCCGCUGCUGCUGCGCCGGCGGAGGGGAAGACCCCGCAGCUGCAGCGGCAGCCAGUCACACCUGCUGGUGCUGCUGCUGCGCCGGCGGCAAGGGCAGCGGUGGCCACGGGUCCUGCGGUUGCUGGUCCAGCCCAUGACAUUGCGUACGACACGGAAGGUACGGGCAUUGACAGCGACAGCGAUGUGGAGGUGCUGGCUGAGCCGCCGCCCAGCGCUGGCAAAGGCAGCCAGGGGAGGAGGAGCCCGGCGGAGAAGAGGUCGCCGGUGGUGGUUGGCGCUGCUGCUGACGUCAUUGACAUGGUCGUUACGGAGGAUGAGGUGGAGGGCAAGCUCGGCAAGCAGGCGGAGAGGGCGCAGGUAAAGCAGGCGAAGGAGAAGGAGGAGGAGGAGAAGCGCAAAGUGGAGGGACAGGAAGAGAAGGUGCAGCGGGUCGGAAAGGAGAUGGAAGACGACGAGGAGGAGGAGCAGCAGCAGCCGCGUGGCAAGCGGGCCAAGGCCGGGCAUGGGCAGAAGCGCCGCUCCUUUGCUGUACUAUCCAGCGACGAGGACGAUACCUCUGAGGACAGUGCAGCGGAUGAUAAGGCUAAAGCAGCAGCCGGGCAUCGAAUGGGUGGAGGGGUUAGAGGAGCUGCGACCGCCUUACCUACCGGUAUAUCGGAGGCCGCGGCUCCGGCUGCAGCAGUGACCCACGGGUCGGACGACGAUUACCACGACUCGGAAGACGACAUCCCGCUUGUGCCUCGCAACCGCAGCGGCACCGCUCCGGCUUGCAUCGCCACCGCUGCUGCUUUGCCUGCUGCCCAGAUGACAUCCCCUAAAGCCCAGUCCUCGUGUGAACCCAAGCAUGUGGCUGCUGCGGCCCUGCAAGCUGCAGUGCAAGUAGAGCGCCAGCAGCAGCCGACGCCAGUCCAGGCACGACCAGGUCCGCAGGAGGAGGUGAUGCAGCGGGCGGGUCCAGCAGCCGCGGCAGCUGCCGCUCCCCCCGCCGCUGCUGCCACCACCCCCGCCGCAGCUGCCGUGGCGGACGUAGCCAUGGACGGCGCGGAUGUCGUUGUUGCAUCCUUGGACGUCUUCCUUCUACCCAACGCUGGCGCCAUGCCGUCACCCUUCAACGCAGCAGCGAUGCGAGGUAGCAAGCGCCCAGCCGAAGCAGCCGCCAGUGCGGGUGAUGCCCAUGCAGCCAACGGCCUCGCCAAGCCCUCAGCUUCCAAAGCACCGCGACUCUCCGAAGCCGCGACCCCGUCCGCUGCCGCUGCUGCCGCUACAGCAGUGGCCAUGCCAACGACAGCAGCGGUAGCAACGCCAGUGGCAGCGGCACCGAGCCAUGUCAGCACGCCCGCUCGCAACCGAGCUGAUCUGCUGCCACCGCCGGUUGCCCACCUGGACCUCUCACCCGGCUUCAAGCCGGACUCAGACGCUGCUCGCGCAAGUGUUGAUCGCUCAGCCGCCUUGCAUGGGCUACGGAAGCCGAAGCAAAACCAGCAGGAGAAGCGGGUGGAGGAGGAGCGGCAGCAGCAGCACCGGGAAGAGGAGGAGCAGAAGGGGGAAGGGUGGGUGGCAAAGCAGAGACGGCUGCAAUUGGAGAUGUGGAGUGCAAGGCUUGAGGAGGAGGAGCAACGUCACGCAGCUGAGGUGGCGAGGCUGCGUGAGGAGCAUGCCAAGGACCUGAAGGCCAAGCUCGUCAUGGCACGUGACAUGGGCCGCGAGAAGGCGCAGCGGGAGGCCGCCGCACGCACCGCAGAGCUGCAGCAGCAAACCCAGCAAGCCCGUCGCGAGGCAGAGCUGGCGCAACGCAUGGCUGAGUCUCACAGGGCGGAGUCCCACCGCCUGGAGCAGCACGCCAGGGCGCAGCAGCAGGAGCUGCAACGGCAGCAGGAGGAGGUUCGAAGGCAGCAGGCGGCCACCGCGGCUGCCGAGGCCAGGGCGCAGUCCUUGGCGGAGGAGCUCGGUCGCAUGCGGGCGCAAGCGGAGGCGGCGCAACGUGCCAUGCAGCAGGAGCUUCAAGAGCUUCGGAGGCAGGUGUCGCAGCUGACGCGAGGACAAGGUCAGGAGGCGCAGCAGCAGCAGGUGCAGGUGCAGCAGUGGACGGACGCCCUAACGCCCCAGGCAGCGGGAAGAUGUGAUGUCGUACAAGGCAGAUGCGAUGCAGGCCUCAUGCAGGGCGGUGGUGGUAUCACUCGCACGCCCUCCAAUGCGGCGUCGGGUAUCGUGGGCAGCGUGAGGAGCAGCCCGGUGGUGAUUCCGGCAAUGGCGACACCUCCCAUGGGUCGCGGUGGCGUUAUCGCCACGCCGCAGGCAGCUGCUGCCUUUGCGGUGAGCCCGGUGGACCGUCGUCAGCUGUUGACCCCUCCGCAGCCUCCUAGCAGGCCUGCGGUGCUAGCAGCAUCCGUGCCCGCAGUAGCAACAGCUGUAGCUGCGGCCAAAGCCAACAUGGCUGCUGCUGAACCAACUCCGGCCUCCAUCCGCUCUUUAAUUGAGGCGCAUGGGUCAUCUGGCGGUAUUACGGCUGCCGCGUUGGUACGGCACUUUGAGGCGGCGACGGCAGGGUGCGGUGUGACCCCCGGGUCGGUGUCACGUGGCAAGGCCAUGGAGAUUCGCAACUGCGUAACCAAGGCGCUUCAAGAUCUGGUGGACGACUUUGAAGUGGUACGGCAGGGCGUGGGGGCUAACAAGCCCUCCGUGGAUGUGACUUGUGAGCAAACGUCUUACUUGCUGAUGUGAUGCUGAUAGGGUGCUCUGCAAGUGAUGCGAGGUGAGUGUGGAAUGUGUAGGGGAGUAACGUGAGCAAGAGAGCUGUUUUACGGUGAUGUGUGUGACAUGAGGAGAGGUGUGCCCGCUUGUGAGUCUAGGUUUAUUUAACGUGACGUUCAGAGUUGGCUGCCCUAAAUGAGUGGUAUCGCAAUGCUAACCGAGUUGCAGGCUCGUGUGUGUUGGGCUCCUUACGCCCCAGCGGGCGCUAGCCAGUUGCAUGUCGCUCAUAUAUUCCGUUGGUUGGUUACCGAACAAUCGCUAAAGCAUUGCCUCUUUACUAGCUUCACAGCAAUAGGGAACAUGCUUAGUUAGCUCUUUAGUGUGAUAUUGCGCUUUCUUUGCAGCACUUGUAGCCCGUCUAGCCUGUGACGUACAUACGGAAGUACGAACGCAUGAUCUAUGCGAGGCUUCUUAGGUAACGGUCUAGACAUUUACCAUGUAGAGCUAUCCGCUGCUGGCAGCUUGCUUAGGACUCACCGCUAGUGGCCGUUAUGACGUUUGGAGAAUUUGCGCUUAUGUUGGCUCUAGUUUAGGUUGAUGCAUCAUAACAAUAGGAUGUCGGCUUUUGAUUGAAGCCAUGUGAUGAGAACAAGCCUGGGAAAAAGGCACGGCAUCAAGGAGGCUCUAAGCUGUAGGGUGCCCUAGUUUUUUGGUGACCCAUGGGUCGUGUGUGUCUGUCAUGCUUGGCUUUCUGAUGCGUGAACGUAGGGAUGGAUUUGACACGUUUACAAACCAGAGUCCAAACUUCAUGUUGACCAAGUAUGGCGUUGGGAGGAAGGCUGCCGUCCUGUAAAAGGAUCCUGGCAUUCGUUCUGGUUGGAUGUUCAAUGAUCAAGGUGUUACAUCGAAGGUGGUUAUGUCUCGGUGCCUGGGUCAACCCUGCUUAUGACAUGCAGGCAGGGCGUACAGGACAUGAACGAAGCGACGGGAAACCGAAUCACAGCAUCGUACUUAGAUCAACAGGGGUCGGCCGUACAUCACCCCCCACAGGAGGGGGCCGGUAUAUGAUCACGGCGAAUACGGUAGCAUGCUAAACCGCAUCGUAAAGUCCCGAG